AUGUCGCUGGCGUCGAACAUGACGACGAAGCUUUCCAUCGCGGCAGGUGCGUCCGUCAGUUUACGGCGGGCGCUCGCCGAUGCGUUCCGCGCGCAAUUGUGCUGUGGGAUAUUGAGACACACCCUACGCAUGGCGUGGGUCCGCGAUCAGUCUUCGCACAAGGGUGUGGAGAAGGGCAAGGACAAGGGCAACGAGAAAGCGGUCGGCAAGAAAUACCAGUCGAAGCGGGAGGCGCCGCGUGCCAUCGCCAAGCGGAAGGUGGAGGAGGCCAUUGAGCAGUUCAGACAGGAACGCGAUACCCAGAAGACGCUUGGCCAGCUACUCAUGGUGGCUAACCAGAAGCUCCUGAAGGCGCACAAGAAGCUGGAGGAGACCAUUCAGACCAAGCGGGGGAAUAUCGAAGAGGAGGAGACCCACAUAGCGGAGUGCCAGACCGAGAUCGCGGAACAGGUCUUGGUCGUAUCGAAGCUAGCGCCAGCCCCGACCCCAUCGACUGCCACCACAUCACAGCCUCAGGGAUCGAUCGAGUCGCUCAUGGGGGAGCUCGCCAUGUUCCCCUCGAGGCUGUCGGGGGCGGAGCAACAGGCGCCGCUGGGGUCCAUGCAGACGCUGGUGACCACCAUCCAGCAGAUCCAGACCCAGGCCUCGACGCAGACGACAACCCCCGAGCCUGGCUCCAUUGACGGGUUCUUGGAGGAUUUCGCGGGGCCCAAUGGGGAGGGGCACGUGGCGCCGAGUGCAGAUUAUGAGCGCCAGAGGAUCCAGAAGGUUUGUGACGCGGCCAUCAGACGCCUCUCCCUCUCCUUCAAGACACGCGCGAUCGACAUCGACGGAUUCCACCCUCGUCACUUCGCUGCGAUCUCGGACGGAGGCCUCAACAUGCGCAUCCUCAGCGUGACCGGUGACCUGAAGCAGCGCCAUGAACAUGCGCGACACGAGGGCCUCGCGGAGGAGAUCGCGGGCUGGUUGCCUGGAGAGGGCGAGCAGCUGAGACGACGCGGGGCUGUGACGCUAGGUUUAAGUUCGGCAGGGAUCAGCCUGCAGCUGGCCUGGGCCUUAGACCCUGACAAGGACCCCUUCAGCCGCGCAGCGGCGAGUGUGGUCAGAUACUGCAGAGAGUGGUGCAUGGCCACCAAUGUCAAGCUGAAGGCCUACGACGGCAUCUCCCCCCUGGAGCUCAACCAGACCUUCGACAUCGGUAAGAAGUACCUCGAGGGCCUUCCCAAGAAUCCAGAGUCCCAGCAGUGCCAAAAAAAGCUUCGGUCAGCCAGGCAGAGACGCAUUGCCAGGCAGGUAUUUUGCAGGAGCUACGUCAAAUCAGAGAAGCUCCACCACUGGGGCUACCAGCCCAUGCCGAUGCGCAGCCUGCGCGGGAAGAGCAUGGACUCGGCGUGGCGCCGCGUGAGGGAGUGCCCCGCCAAGGACGUAGAAUGGUCAGAAAUCGUCGAUCAGGCCCAGCCGGCCCACCCCGCCUCGGCCUCGCUGGCGCGGGUCGCGCCACCGCCGUGGCGCGCCGAGGGCGCAGCGCAGGGGCAGGCGGCCGCGCUCCGCGGCAAGGCCCUGCCCGCCGGCUGCGGCCUGGACAACGAGACGGCCCAGGCCUUGAAGCAGUUCAUGAUCAGGAACCGGUCGCCGACCCCCCGCGGGGUCGCAGCACAUUCGGGGGGCGAGCCUGCAGGUGCGCUGCCGAAGCUCGAGUGCGAGGGCAGCCAGGCGGGCGGCUCGCGAGGCAGCAGCGCGUCGGGCUUGUACAAGUUCGACAUCUUCGACAACAUCGAUGAAGAGCGUAUGCAGGAGUUCGAGCACAUGAUCAAGGAGGCGGACGUUUCCUCGACCUACAACGCAUUCGUGAAAAAGAAGAAGAGGCACGAUUGGGACGAGUCGAAGUUCAUGACCGCGGUGGCGCCUGAUUUGCCGCUGCAGCGCCUGGAUUUUGAUGUUGGGACGAAUUCAGUCAGGAACGCGGAGAACAUCCGCGGCAGGUGCUACACCCUCCCCAACCCGACCUACGGGGCCGCGCAGGCGCAGUCGAGCUCCAUCGAGACACUCACUAACACCCCCACGCGCGUCACACCCAUCAUGUUCACUGACCUCGACCAAGGACUAGGACGACGGGCACGACAGCCCCAUACUGACAAUGCGAUCGGCAGCUACCAGGCCAGCGACGAGACCGAGUUCGGACGCUUUAUCCACGACCAGAUGCUGAUCCAUCAAUUGACAGCCAUCAAUACGCACAUCGACGUGGGCAACACCUACUACGGGCCCAACAAAGCCAGAUCACGCAUCGACUACUUCAGCGGAUACGACAACCUCAUGGAGAUCGUGAAAUACGUGAAGUUGAAUUGGAAGAUCCACACCAAACUGCGCAGCCUACUGCACGUUGCCGACCACGUCCCCAUGAUCAUGCAGAUCAAGAUGCCUGUCAGCGGUGCCAACAUCAAGAACAAUAACAUCCGCUGGGGCUUCGGGCAGGGAUGGGACAUGACGCCGAAGAUUAUCAGUGCGCGGACCCGCUCGCCGAGCGAGUCUACCAACCCAGUCGACGGAAGCUCGCGAUUGGCCAUGACGUCAGCUCCACCAUCAACCAGACUUUCGUCGUACGACUUGCCCACGUCCAUCGAUGUGGAUCUCUACCCGCCCAGGCUUUCACUAGUCAGGUGCGAGUUCGAGCAGCAGGCGGCCAUAAGCAACCGCCCCGCCAGCGCGGGCGCCCUCAACUCGCAGGGCGAGGUCUCCGCAGACCCGAACGUGCACCCGUGGGCCAAACAGCUCGCGGACGAUUUGAUGUGCCUAUCGUCUCGCACGACUGGCACCUACCACUACGACGGCUACGGGCAGCACGGCGUCCAGCAGCAGAAGUACAUGCAACAUCGCAAGGCAGCCACGCCCAUCGAGGUGGACGAGGAAGACAACGGCGAGAAGGACAAGAAGACCGACCAGCCCAGCCGACGCCCAGCUCGCCGCGGAGGACGCCGCGGGCGCCGAGGCAAUCACAACCCCAAGGUCUGGACCAGCAAGGACAAGAAUUUGAUGGACUUGCCACGGCCGGCCUUGAAGCUGCUGCUCCAGACGACACACAAAACCAGGCUGAACAGCAGCAGCAGCACGGACACCUACACGAUGAGCAACGAGCAUCCAGUGAUCAUAGCCAUCACGCAGGAGCUCGAUGGCUACAAGCACACCCUGGACUCCCUCAGGAAGAGCGGCGCCCCAGAGCACUGGGCCGCCUCCGGACCGCCGCUCCCGCUCGGGCGCCUCGCGCUCAGCAGCCCGCACGGCUCCGCGCGGCUGCAGCGCGUGCUGGCCCGCUACAGGCCACUCCUCGCGGCCGCCGCGGGCGGGGUCGGCAGCGGGCCGGCAGUGGAGGUGCGGCUGAGCCCAGCGAACACGCCGGAGGCGGCGCAGCUCCGGGCCGCCGACGAGCAGGGCGUCUCGAGCGGCGCUUGUUACAGCUACGCGCUCACGGUCUCCGCCGAGCCCCCGCGGGUGGGCAUCGAGGCGUGUUCGGCAUUCGCGGCGGGCUACGCGCUGGAGUCGCUCCUGCAGCUCGCGCAUGGCGGCCAGCUGCCGCACAGCCGCAUCGAGAUCCGCGACGCGCCGCAGUACGCCUGGCGCGGGCUCAUGCUGGACGGCGGUCGGCGCUUCUUCCCAGUGCCGCUAGUGAAGAAUCUCCUCGACACGAUGGCGGCGGUGAAGCUGAACGUGCUACACCUGCACGUCAGCGACAUGUGCCGCUUUGGGGUCGAGUCCAAGCUGUUCCCGAAUUUGACGGCGGCGCUGGUGGGCGCGCAGGGAGGUUUCUAUACGCAGCGCGACGUCCGCGAAAUCGUCGCGUACGCGGCGGAUCGGGGAGUCCGCGUGGUGCCCGAGUUCGACGUGCCUGGCCACGCUCGCGGCAUGCUGCCCAUCGAGGGCAAGGUGCACUUCUGCUCGGCGGACGCGACGCGAAGUCAGCUCUACAACGAUCCAAAGGGGGAAACCUUCGGCGCGGUGCGCGCGCUCAUCGCUGAGAUGGCGGCCCUCUUUCCUGACGAGGUGCUGCACUUGGGCUGCGACGAGACCAGCGUCGAGGGCCCUUGCAGCCUCGUUUCGACUUUCAGCUUCGAGCGCAAGCUGGCCUCCGCGGUGGCCAGCGAGCUGGGAAAGACUGCGGCCGGCUGGGAGGAGAUGGCGUUCAACGCUGGGGCGGCGACGCAGCAGACGAUCGUUUUCGCGUGGACUCGGCACACGGCCAAGGACGUCACAGCCACCGGCCGCCGCGCCGUCGAGAGCAGGAGCAGCGCUUUCUACUUCACGGAGGCGGCCCCGGGCGGGCCGCACGGUUGGGCCCGCAGCUGGUACGACAUCGCCGCGGGCGUGCCCGCCAACGAGACCAGCUUGCUGCUCGGCGGGGAGAUGUCCAUGUGGUCGGACACCUACUGCUUCACGGACCAGUGCGGCGCCUCCCGCGGCCCAGAGCCGGUGGGCGCCGCGCUGUUCCCGCCGGGAAAGGACGAGGAGUUCGGCAGGUCCAUUGGCGGCAUGAUCUGGCCCCGCGGCUUCGUCGGAGCCCACGCCUUCUGGAACUUUGCCUCCUCCGUGGAUCCCGCGAGCGACAACUUCACCGCCGCGGUCUGGCGCCUGAACGACCAGCUGCAGCAGCGCGGGAGCUUCACGUGCCCGAGCCACUGCAGCUGCGACCAGCUCUCUGCGUGCGGCAAGCCCUACGAGCAGACCCAGGCCAUCUUGGUCUGA